AUGGCACUGUUGCGUCAGAACAAGAGGGGCGUCUUAACGGAGCCGGUGUCAGUAGGUAUACAGAUCAAACUAGUGUACAACAUGGGCGCCAAGGUCUGCUACCUCUAUUUUGGUCGCUCUUUUAACAUUUGCAUGCGAAAACUCGCACUCCUCCGGGCAGCUGCGCGAGUAAUAUCGUACGUGGACGAUGUUACGUUCUUCUGCCGGCACCAUUAUAUCCAUCAAGCUGCGCAGCUCCUCUCGGAGUUCAUGCCUGAUGUCGAAGACUUCUUUACCCAGCGUGGAAUGACGAUCUCGGCAGCCAAGUCAUCCGUCAUUGUUUUCACGCUGGACCCGAAGGAGUUCAGUCGUCACCCGGCCCUCACCGACAAUGCGCCAAUCAGCGAGCAAAAUUUGUCAUCGGACCGAGGAAGAGACAGCAGCAGCAACAACACGUGUCGUGUCCUCUUUGAGGUCAAGCGGGCAUGCCGUCGGCAUGCGACCGACUCCGGUGACAUGGGUUGCAAAUUGGGACAGGAGGAGGAGGAGGAGGAGGAGGAGGAGGAGGAGGAGAAGGAUGCUAGCGACAGACAGAUGGCUAUCUCCACUGGCGUGUUUCGUGGUCUGUGCUGGCCGCGUCGCCAGAACCAAAGAGCAGUCUCCUCUUUUAUGUCACACAGGAGUGGUGCCCGCGCAGAUAGCCUGCUAAUGGAAAAGGGAAAACACUGUCUGUACAACUUUGGGACUCCAGAGCGAGCGUUCUUGUAA